CGAUUCCAUACAAUCAGCGCACAUAAACUGAAGCUAACACGAAUAAACAACCAAGUUAGCUUGUCAGGUAGCUAGUAGUAGCUUAUGAAAUGGCGUCGUUAACGGCGACAGAACCAGUGGUAUGCCCGGCUGCAAUACCAACAGCUGAGUCUAUAGUGCCCGCUUGUAUGUUUGCACCGGACCGGGGAUGUGAGGACGACCCAUCCGGCGGAGAAGGCUUCGAGGACGGCGAAGGCACAAACGGCGAGUCCGCGGAUCAUUUAGACUUAAGCAGCAAGCUGGUCCUAGUGAGUCCAACAGGGGAACAGUAUGAUUCAUUACUACGGCAUCUGAGGGAGCGAAUAGAUGAGGGCUGUGGAGAGACCAUCUAUGUGGUUGGAAUGGGUUCAGACGGAGGUGACUACGGUUUAGAUGAGAAGGAUAUGGAGGCGUCGGUAGCCACGGUGCGGUCGCUGUGUGAACAGAUCGAGGCUGAUCUAAUCCUGCUGAGAGAGAGGACAGACACCGGCGGAAAGAUUCGGGACUACCUCAUCCGCCGGCGCGUGGGUGAGCAGGAUUUCCUGGAAGUCAGAGUGGCAGUGGUGGGGAACGUGGACGCCGGGAAGAGCACGCUGCUGGGGGUUCUGACCCACGGCGAGCUGGACAACGGCAGAGGCUUCGCUCGCCAGAAGCUCUUCAGACACAAACAUGAGAUGGAGAGCGGCAGGACCAGCAGCGUGGGCAACGACAUCCUGGGUUUUGAUCAGGAGGGACAGGUGGUGAACAAGCCAGACAGCCACGGCGGCGGCCUAGACUGGACCAAGAUCUGUGAGAAAUCCUCAAAGGUCAUCACCUUCAUCGACCUGGCGGGCCACGAGAAGUAUCUCAAGACUACAGUCUUCGGCAUGACCGGACACCUGCCUGAUUUUUGCAUGCUCAUGGUUGGCAGUAAUGCUGGCAUUGUUGGCAUGACCAAAGAGCAUCUGGGUCUGGCGCUGGCCUUAAACGUGCCGGUGUUUGUAGUGGUUACUAAGAUAGACAUGUGUCCAGCCAACAUCCUGCAAGAGACACUAAAGUUAUUACAGAGGCUAUUAAAGUCACCAGGCUGCCGAAAAAUCCCCGUGUUGGUCCAGAACAAGGAUGAUGUCAUUGUCACGGCCUCCAACUUCAGCUCUGAGAGGAUGUGUCCAAUUUUCCAGAUUUCAAAUGUGACGGGGGAGAACAUGGACCUGCUGAAGAUGUUCCUGAACCUCCUCUCCUCUAGGACCAAUUUUAGCAACGACGAACCCGCCGAAUUCCAGAUAGACGACACAUACUCAGUACCGGGUGUUGGUACCGUAGUUUCAGGAACUACGUUACGUGGAAUGAUCCGUCUCAACGACACGCUGCUCCUAGGCCCGGACCCGCUGGGCACCUUCAUCCCCAUCGCCGUUAAAUCCAUCCACCGCAAGAGGAUGCCCGUCAGAGAAGUUCGCGGUGGACAGACGGCGUCCUUCGCCCUCAAAAAGAUCAAGCGCUCAUCUAUAAGGAAAGGCAUGGUGAUGGUCUCCCCGAAGCUGAUGCCGCAGGCCACAUGGGAGUUCGAGGCCGAGAUCUUGGUGCUGCACCACCCGACCACGAUAUCCCCGAGAUACCAGGCCAUGGUCCACUGCGGCAGCAUCAGACAGACGGCCACCAUCCUGACGAUGAACAAAGACUGUCUGCGGACGGGGGACAAGGCAACAGUCCACUUCCGCUUCAUUAAGACUCCAGAGUACCUGCACUGUGACCAGAAACUGGUGUUCAGGGAAGGACGCACCAAAGCUGUGGGCACCAUCACCAAGCUACUUCAAUCAGCGAACACCCAGGCAGCUAAGGCCCAGCAGUCCAAAAUGCAGGCCAUUAAGAAGACUUCUAAGGACAGCACAGCAGCCAAUGAGGAGGCCGGUUCGACAGCACGACCGCCUAGUCCCAACACAGCACAGCUACCACUCAAGUCUGGAGGCGGAGGACGCAGGAGAGGAGGUCAGAGACAUCGAGGGAAAGGCCUGAACGCUGCAACAAUCUCCACAGCAGUGCCCGCAGGAGCAGCAGGCACCGCCUAAAAAAGCACAACCUUUCAUUUCUCCUCAUCUCCUCUACAGGGAGGGAAAGUGACUGCGUGGCCCUCUGGUGGUUGCAUUCAAAGACUGACUGCAUAUGUUCCUUGAAUAUAUAAAAUGACUAUUCAACAAUCUCGAAUUAUAAAAGGGUGAAUUAUUUUCCACUUAAAGUCAAUUUAAAAGCUUUAUUGGUGUAAUUACUUGAAGGUUGCUGAAGAUGAGUUUUAUUUAGUUUGAGUUUUACCGUAGUUAACUGCAAUUCGUAGGUUACAUUUUGUAUUUUAAUGCAAAAGUUUCGGGGAGUGUUCAUCUUAUUUGUAGUUAAUCAGAACUUUUAUUAUAGCAUUAACUGUUUUUUUUUUUUUUUUCCCAGCCAGCAGAGGCACCUGUCACUUUCCCUGCCUACCUCCACCAUCCAGAUGUCUUUCUUUUCUGUCGCAUUUCUUUCCUUCAUCAUUUCUUACAACCUCCACCUAACUUUCAUUAACGCACCUUUUCAGACUGUACCGGUUGGAGUCUGUUUACUGUCAGUAAUUCAGUAAUUGGAGGAUGAAAAUCGCGUUCAAGUAGUCGGAAAAACUAGUUCUCGUCAUCGAGACCGGAGUUUGAAUUGGAUUUGAUUGAAACUGAAAGGGAACUGAUGCCAAACUUUUUUUGGGAAAUGUAUAAAUGUCUGUAUCACACAGAGGAGGACAUGUUGCCAGGAGGCAGGAAGGAAAAUCACACCAGCUAAAUGUUUGUUAAACUUUAUAGUUGAUAUGUUAAAAAAAAAAAAAAUAGUCCUCUGGGAAUCCAGCUUUGAAGACGUGUUUGGUAAAUUAUGUGGGCAGUUCAAACGUUUUCUUCCCUUUGCCCUGGAGUUGUAGCUGCUAUUGUACCGUUCACCAGCCAUUAAAAAAUUUCCUCAUAGAUGAAAUCCAUUUGAUGUCAUCAGGCCGCAGUUUAAUCCUGCAAUAGAAAGGUCAUUUUAUCAAUUUUGAGCCAGUGUUGCAGGUUUACUAGAUCCAGUCCAGGCAGCCAAGAGAGAAAAAGGUCUGAAAUGCUCUCGCGUUUUUUCCCCCAAAGUAAUGUCAAGUGUCAAAGCGGCUUCGUCGUGUGUUAACCAGGCACAAGUCCGAGUGAAGUCAUCUACUUGAUUUGCUGGGAAAUAACUUCAGAGAACAAUAUAAGCACAAUAUCCUUCCAUUUUGGUCCAGUAUGACCACUGAAAAAAAUCCUAAAGGUGAUGCACACAUGCACAAAAUUACAAGUAUUUUUACUACUUCACACCCUAUAUGUCAAAAGCCAAGUAAGAACAUAUUCAAACCACUAAAAAUGUUUCUAAUGUGACUUAAAUGCACAUUAUCUCUUUGUACUCCAUGUGAAUAAGAAUCAAUCGGCUGCAUUUAUUGGCCCACGAUAGUUUGGACAGUAUGACCAAUCACAUGCUGUACCAAUAAUUUACAGAUAUUUCUAUGUGAUUCAGUUUUGAUACUACUAGGGCUGCAACUUGCAAUUUUGUUAAUUAUCAAUCAGUCUACUGAUUAUUUUCUCCAUUAAUCAAUCAGUUGUUUAGACUAUAAAAACAAAAGGAUAACAGUGAAAAUCGCAGUUUCCUUAAUGUUACAUAAUGUUCAAACGUUGCAUUUUAUCCGACCGUGUUACAAGAUUUUCAAAUGUUACGUUUUAUCCGACCGACAGUCCGAACCUCAAAGACGUUCAGUUUACUAUACAGUUAAGAACACACAUUUGAGAAGCUGAAACUAGAGAAUUUUUUGGAUUAUUUUGUUUAAACCAGUCAUCAAAAUUGUUCCAAAUUAGUUUUUUGUUGAUCGACUAAUCAACUAAUCGAUUGAACUAAACUCUACUUGAGUUAUUUAGCUUGAUAAACAAUGAAGCUGAAACUGUUUGCUCAUGGUCUAAACACAACAACCCAACAUGCUAACAAAGUAUUAUCACAGAUACCCUCUAAUAACCCAACAAAUCAUUGAUUACAUGCUACAUUUUAUUGCCGCAGACAACUACAAAUUGUUGUUUCCUGCACAUGUUUUCCACUGGUUUUAUCCUGUUGUUUAAUGGUCCUGGUUCCUGUUCUUGAAUUUUAUAUUGGGAAGGAUUCUUGCUCAUCAAAGUUUUUAGGGGGGCUUGUUUCUUCUAAUCCACCUUCUCUCUCAUAUGCAUAUUAGAAUUGGGGCUGGUCAGUCUUUGAGGUUACUGAAGUGCUCUUUAUAUGAUGAUCAAGCAUACUGUACUGCCAGAAUAUUUCCCCCCCUUUUUUUUUCUUUUGACUUCUUUUCAUUUUUUAAAGACCUUACUGAAAUGUGUGGAUUUUUUUUUUUUUUGAAGAGACACAGGGUUUGUGUGUAUGUAUGUACAAAAAUACAAAUUGUGCAGAAGAACUGAGGGGUAAUGCCAUUUAAAUUAAGUGGUGCCAGUUUGUGUUGUAAAUCCUUUUAAAUAAAGAUGUUAUAGAAAACUGA